CAGAGCGGUGUCGCCGUUCCCGCACCGGCCCCGGGCAGAGCGGUGUGGCCGUUCCCUCACCGGCCCCGGGCACAGCGGUGUGGCCGUUCCCUCACCAGCCCCGGGCAGAGCGGUGUGGCCGUUCCCUCACCAGCCCCGGGCACAGCGGUGUCGCCGUUUCCCGCAGGGGGCCGGGCGGGCCAUGGCGGGCCGGGGCCGCGGCCGGGGCCGGGGGCAGAUGACGUUCAACGUGGAGGCCGUGGGCAUCGGCAAGGGGGACGCGCUGCCGCCGCCCACCCUGCAGCCCGCGCCGCUCUUCCCGGUGCUGGAGCGCCGCGCCGCGCCGCUGCCCGGGGGCGAGGAGGGCGAGUACAUGCUGGCCCUGAAGCAGGAGCUGCGCCGGGCCAUGAAGGGGCUCCCGUACUUCGUCAAACCGGGAGCGCCCCGCAGAGACAUCGAGCGCUACUCAGACAAGUACCAGCUCUCCAGCCCUGUGGACAACGCCAUCGACUGGAACCCAGACUGGCGGCGGCUGCCGCGGGAGCUGCGGAUCCGCCUGCGGCGCCGGGGCCGCACCCCCGGCCCUGUCCCCAAGCAGCAGGUGGCACUGGACAAGGAGGAGGCCAUCAAGAAGCUGGAGAGCCUGGAGAAGAAGGAGGAGGAGGUGACAUCCGAGGAGGAGGAGGAGAAGGAGGAGGAGGAAGAGGGCAAGGAGGAGGAGGAGGAGGAGUACGAUGAGGAGGAGCACGAGGAGGAGACCGACUAUGUGCUGUCCUACUUUGACAAUGGCGAGAGCUUCGGGCCCGACAGCGACGGCGACGGCGACGAGGCCGUGUACUGACCCCAAAUGGCACCCCAACGUGGGCACUGACCCCAAAUGGCACCCCAACGUGGGCACUGAUCCUAAAUGGGCACCCCAACGUGGGCACUGACCCCAAAUGGCACCCCAACGUGGGCACUGACCCCAAAUGGGCACCCCAACGUGGGCACUGACCCCAAAUGGGCACCCCAAACGUGGGCACUGACCCCAAAUGGCACCCCAACGUGGGCACUGACCCUAAAUGGGCACCCCAACGUGGGCACUGACCCCAAAU